GAGUCUUUUUCUUAAUCUGUAAACAAUAAUUUUAAUUUCAUUUUCAAUAUUUUAUCAUUUUGAUUGUAAUCAAGUGGAUUUGUUUUAAUUGUUUUACUUUUUUUUGUGACUGUUUAUUUUAGCCAUUCUAAAGGAUGGCUUCUCGGCAAAGUUGCCCUAAAUGUGGCUCAAGUGAUUUGGAAACUGAUGCUGCCAGAGGUGACACUGUUUGUACUAAUUGUGGUUCAGUUCUUGAAGAUAAUUUAAUUGUAAGCGAGGUUCAAUUUCAAGAGGGUAGUCAUGGUGGUUCCAAUAUUAUUGGACAAACCAUUUCGGUUGAUAAUGGGUUUCAAGGUCUUUCCAUGGGAGGUAUGAUGGCCACUGGUAAAGAAUCAAGGCAAAUAACAUUAGAUCGAGCUAGGAAAAGGAUCAAAGCAAUCGGUGCAUCUUUAAGCCUUAACAAUCAUUGUAUGGACAUGGCUUUCAAUUUCUAUAAGAUGGCUUUGAGUAAACGUUUAACUUGUGGUAGGAAAAAUAAUCACGUCAUCGCUGCUUGUAUUUAUAUUACUUGUCGUGUGGAAUGUACUUCACAUAUGUUACUCGAUUUAUCUGAUUUGAUGCAGGUAAAUGUCUAUGAACUUGGACGAACCUAUUUAAAGUUAUCUGGUGCUCUCUGUUUAAACAUUCCUGUUCUGGAUCCAUGUUUGUAUAUUGUAAGAUUUGCCCAUAAAUUAGGUUUAGAGGAAAAGACUCAUGAUGUCGAAAUGACUGCUCUUCGUUUAGUUCAAAGGAUGAAAAGAGACUGGAUGGACACCGGUCGCAGGCCUUCAGGACUUUGUGGAGCUGCUUUACUUGUGGCUACUCGAUUGAAUAACAUUGAACGAUCGGUAAAGGAAGUUGUUGAUAUUGUUAAAGUUUGCGAGACAACAAUUAGGAAACGUUUAAAUGAAUUUAGUGAUACACCAACAAGUAAAUUAACUUUAGAUGAGUUCAUGACGGUUGACCUGGAAGGAGAGGAAGAUCCUCCUUGCUACAAAAUGGCUAAUAGGAAAGCAAAAUCGAUUGUGGAAGAUAAAAAGCAAUUGGAAGAAGCGGAAACUCAGGUGGCCAAAAUUCAACAGCAAAUAGAGGAAAAAUUGGAUAGUUUAAGGAAAAAAUUUCGUUCACCUUAUGUCACAUUGGCAGAUAUUGAAGAGCUUGCACCUAAACGUAAAACUGUCGGAGAUGAAGGAAUAGAAGACGAUUACGUGGAUGUAGAAGAAGUUAUUGAGAAAAUAGUGGAAGAAAAUCAUUUCAAUAUAAUCAGAGAAAUUGUUGGACAAGAUAAUCCUCAAGCUGAUUCUUUCCUUCAACAACUUCAAACUUUCAGGCCAACAGCCGCUAGUCUAGGAAUUAGAGAAUCUUUAAAUUUAGGAUUUACCAAUGGAUCAGAUGAGGAAAAUGGUGAUAUGAUCAAUCAAGAAGAUGAUGUAGAUAAUGAAUAUGACGAAGAUACUGACAUUGAUGAUGAAGAAAAUAAUUCAAUCAAUUUACCAACUUCAGAAGAUAAUCAAAGCUCAUCCGAAUCUAAAGAAUCGGGAGUCUUAGAUUUAGAAGGAAUUGACGAUACUGAAUUGGAUAAUUAUAUUCUAUCAUCUGCAGAAAUUCAGGCGAAAACUAAAUUAUGGUAUUCGGCGAACGCUGAAUACUUAAAGGAAAUGGAAGAGAAAGAGAAACGUAAAGCUGAAGAAGAAGCCGAAAGAGCCAAAAAGGAGAGUUUAGGUGAAGUUCAACCGAAAAAGAAACGUAAAAGCAAAAAGAAAACACCAAUUGAGGCCAACACGGCCGGAGAAGCGAUUGAAAAAAUGUUAGAAGAGAGAAAACUAUCAAAUAAGAUUAACUAUGAUGUUCUAAGAAGAUUGUAACAUUAACCUUGUAAAUAGAAACAAAAUUAUUUUAUAUCUUGUAAAAAAAGAAAAAGAAAAAUAUCAUUUUGACAAAAAAUCUUUUGUUUACCUUUUUUGUUUUCUUCUUUUCCAUUAAAUGUCUAAAGUUAAAUCUCUUUAAAA